ACAUUUACUUUAACUCAAAUUAAAAGUCGCUUUCAUGCAAACAACUCUUCAGCGAUGACGUCUGUGUUUGGUUUCGCAUUGAUGUGUGUAUUGUUGGCACAGAUUCUUGCCGAUGAUGGUCAGAGCAUCGACGAAGAAACGUCUACUGAGACGGCUAAAAAUAACACGGGGCAAGAUUUAUACAUCAUAAGAAAAGUUGUUUAUGAAAUAGGCAUUUUGACCGAAGCAGAUGGUACGGACUACGACAACAAAACACACGAACAAAUCGAUGUUUCAUUUUUCGAUCCCAACGAUAAUGGUACAGCCAUCGAUUUGUCAAACGUGCCAGUACCAAUCGAAACUAACGUCAGCGGGAUAGCAGUGACAGGUAUUCUAUCCUCCAAUUUGGGCACACUAAUAUUCCCGCCCAAGGGCGCUGUAAAUUUGAGCGAAAGCAACUUCCCCGUAUUUCCCGACAAGCAAGUGAAAGUGACGAGAAACAUCACCACCGUGGACAAGGAAAAGAGUUUAAAUAUUUUAUCCGGAAUCAGCGAAGUUUUAGGACUCGAUAAGCUAAUCGAGCCACAAAAACCUAUCGGAGAAGUCGGCAAAAGUUCAUGAGAGUGCAAAAAUAAAACUUCGGGAUCUACAAUUUGGAUGUUUAUUUUCG